UAAGGCUGGCCUAGAGCUUUCUAGGAGAAGCAAUUAUGAGGGCUGGAGAACAGAACAGCUCCUAGCAGAGGCAGAAGCAGUGCUCGUUUUAGCAAGAAAUAGCUUAAAAUUUGCUUCUCACUUAUGUGCAGAAAGUCGUAGAAGUUAAAACAACAACAAUAACCUGCAUCUCUGUUAGAGAUCCUUUUUCUUAAUGAGGGCUUGCCUAUUAUUCUAAACCGAGUACCAAUUAAAGAGGGCAAUGCAUUGGGUAAAGUUGUAAUGUCCUCAGUAGUAUGGCCCUAAACUUAAACCUCCUGUUUCCAGACCCCAACUCUGCCUCUGGCGCAUCCCUCUGCAGGAUCAAUGGUCUGGGUGGGAAACCAGACUCUCAUCUCCCACUUCAUUUUCCUGGGCCUCUUCACCCACUCGCCACUCCACAUCUUCCUCUUUUCCAUCACCAUGAUCAUGUUUUUGAUGGCUCUCUCUGGCAACGGGCUCAUGAUCCUCCUCAUCAAUGUCAGCCCCCACCUGCACACCCCCAUGUACUUCUUCCUCAGCUGGCUGUCACUCAUGGACCUCAUGCUCAUCUCCACCAUUGUGCCACGGAUGGCCGUUGACUUCCUCAUGGGCCAUGGCUCCAUCUCCUUCACAGGCUGUGGGCUCCAGAUCCUCUUCUUCCUUACCCUCACAGGGGGUGAGUGCUUCCUGCUGGCUUUCAUGGCCUAUGACCGCUAUGUGGCCAUCAGCAAUCCCCUGAGAUACUCAGUGGUCAUGAGCCGCCGUGUAUGCUGGCUCAUGGUAUCAGGCUCCUGGCUCUUUGGCCUGGUAGAUGGGCUGAUUCAGGCUGUCUUCACUCUAAGCUUUCCCUACUGUGGCUCCCAGGAGAUUGACCACUUCUUCUGUGAUGUCCCUGCUGUGCUCAAGCUGGCCUGUGCUGACACCUCUCUCUACGAGACCAUGAUCUAUGUCUGCUGUAUCCUCAUGCUGCUCCUGCCCUUCUCUGUCAUCUCUGCCUCCUACCUGAAGAUCCUAGUGGCUGUGCUCUGUAUGCGUUCUGCUGAAGGUCGUCAGAAGGCCUUUGCUACCUGCUCAUCCCACAUGGCAGUGGUCUCCCUCUUCUACGGGGCCGCCAUGAUCACCUACAUGAGGCCCCAGACCUACCACUCCUCCAAACAGGACAAGGUGGUCUCUGUCUUCUAUACCAUGAUCACCCCUAUGCUCAACCCGCUCAUCUACAGCUUGAGGAACAAGGAAGUGGCCAGGGCUCUCAAACAACUCCUGCGGAGGUGUCUUUGUAGUAGGGGGCAGGGUUAG